GCAUUCCGAAUUUUUUAGAACCUACAAACGCAUUGGUAAUGUGGUUUUUUGGGAGGGGAUGAGAAAAGAUAUCAAGAAUUUUGUGGAAGCUUGUGCGGUCUGCCAACAGAACAAAUAUGAGGCCUUGAGCCCUGCGGGAUUGUUGCAACCACUACCCAUUCCGAAUCAAGUUUGGGAGGAUAUAUCUAUGGACUUCAUUUCAGGGCUUCCGAAGGCUAGAGGGGUAGAUACUAUCCUGGUGGUGGUCCAUCGUCUCUCGAAAUAUAGUCAUUUUGUCACAUUGCAGCAUCCCUACACCGCUAAGGAAGUCGCUGAGGUAUUUAUUAAGGAGAUAGUCCGCCUACAUGGGUUUCCACGAUCAAUCGUUUCUGACCGUGACCGAAUCUUUAUGAGUCAUUUCUGGGGCGAGUUAUUUCGCCAAUCGGGGACCCAGCUCCACAUGAGUUCUGCCUAUCAUCCACAAACAGACGGGCAAACAGAGGUGGUAAACCGUUGAUUGGAAACUUAUCUUAGAUGCUUUGUCAAUGGUCAGCCGCAACAAUGGCCGAAAUGGAUUCCUUGGGCAGAAUUUUGGUUCAACACCACAUUCAGUGUAUCAGCAGGCAUGUGUCCCUUUAAAGCAUUGUAUGGUCGUGACCUUCUGGCUGUAUUAAAAUACACAGAUCAUUCUUCUCGAGUUGAUGAAGUCCACCACCAACUCUAGGACCGCAACUACAUGCUCCAAGACUUAAAGAACAACCUGGUUUAAGCCCAAAAUCGCAUGAAAUGUAUGCAGAUAAAAAGAGAAGAGAAGUCAAUUUUAAGGUAGGGGACUCAGCCUAUUUGAAAAUUCAACCAUACAGGCUACGCUCCCUAGCAAGACGCCAUAAUGAAAAGCUUAGCCCACGAUUCUAUGGUCCAUUUGUCAUCAAAAACAAAAUAGGGGCAGCAGCUUACCAAUUAGAUCUUCCUCUCUCAGCGCGCAUACACAAUGUUUUUCAUGUGUCUCAAUUAAAGAAAGCCAUUUUUCCAAUUCCCAAUAGCCAGCCCCUUCCGAAUAACCUCAACGAAAACUUAGUUUUGAAUGUGGAACCCCAAUCAGUGCUUAAAAAACGAAAACUGUUGAAUGAACAAUGGGAAGUUCUCAUCCACUGGAAAGGACUGCCAGAAUUCGAGAGCACUUGGGAGGACUUCCACACCCUCAAUACUCAAUUUCCCUCUUUCCACCUUGAGGACAAGGUGGCUCUUCUUGGGGAGGGUAAUGAUAGAUCACAUGUAAUGCAGGUCUACAAUAGGCAAAGGAAGCAUAGCAGAGGAUCACAAGCUGGGCUGGCAAAACAGUACAGGACAGAUGGCAACAGGACAGAGGACAAUCAGCACAAGACAGAUGGCGAAAUGGGAGAGGAGCAGUACAACAUUCUGUUACUGGAAUAGUACAACAUUCUGUUAUGCUGGGCAUUACAAAAGGGAGAGCAGAUCUGAUGAAAAGGGAGAAGAGAAUAGACAAGGGAUUUUGGGAGGCAGCUGGCCCUCGAAGCACAGCAGUGUUAUCUUUGUUUUUCUUUGAAUUUGUGCAAGUAUUUGAGUCCUUGACUUUGAGUACGUAGUAAGCUUUUAUUCUGGUUUUUGUUUGCAUUUCCAAAAGUGUAAUACACAGUUUGAAUCAUUCAAAUACAAGCUUCAGUUCUUGAAUUUUCUGUGACAUUUCUUUUUAAACUGUUACAUUUCUUUGUUGGGUUUGUUGAGUUGCUGAAUC